AUGGUGCUCAUCCCCUUUUACGGGGCCCGCGCAGCGACCCGCGAAGUACUCUACUCGCCCCCGUCUCCGCCGCCGCCGCCAGCGUGCCGCUCGAAGGAGCGAUGUUCUGACGAAACAGAUAUUCCUGGGCAUGAUUCUACCGCGUGCUGUCACUGGCGCGCCGCGCGAGCGCGCCUCUGGUUUUCGUUCUCGAAACCUUGCACAAGAUGCGUACCUGGUUGGAAUACAUUUCGAGGUAGAUCUCAUGACGAAGACAAGGGAGUCAUUUGGAAAAGGUCGAGGCCAUUAAAUGAGCGCGGCGUUAGCGGAAGCGGCUGCGCAGGUGCGAAUCUGGGCACGGCGCUGCGCCGCGAGGAGCUCUGCGCUCGCCCCGCCCCUUCGCCCUCGGCGCGUGGGCAGCGGAUUCGGCGCACCCUGCCGGCCCCACACGCACCCGCGCACGCACCACUAAACGAAACAUCCGAGGAAAAUGACCCGGUCCGGCGCGGCGAGGCGCCGGGGGCAGCAGAUGGGAGGGCGCGGCGCGGCAUAGGUCUGUUUACAGCGAGCGGCGCGCGCCCUAUAAGGCAGCAGCAGCAGCUCGCAGUCUACCCACCUCCCCUCGGCUCGAGUCGACCCGUCCACUUGCUCCGCGCCGCGCCGCACCGCGCCGCUCCGCGCCGCGCCGAAGCGCGCCUACGGGAGUCCGUGUCUCAGUGCCGUAAGAGAUCUCGGAGUGUGAGCAUCGGCGUAGUAUUUCAUACUCACUAA